AUGUCUCAGGUCCAGGGUUGGACUUCAGGACCCCAGACAAGAGGGACCCUAGAUAUCCUGUGGACAUGUCUAGCGACACUUGGUCUGUGUGUAUGGACUGCCAUCCAUCCAAACAUCCCGGUCGUACAUAAUGCCUGGUCCACGCUCUUCGAGCGCUUGGGGUUAAUGGUGCUGGCCAUUAUCUUUCCAGAGAUUAUUAUCACUUCCGCAUGGGGUCAGAGAAGACGCGCGAGGAACCUGCUUGUUGAAGUAAAUCGGUCCCUAGGGCGGGCAACAAAAAAGACCACAUCAGAGGAGACCGCAAGUCAAGAUCUUUCUCUGCUCCCGAAAUAUUCAGAUCCAGACUUAGUGGCGCCAUUACCUCAUACUACAUCUGAUCCUGUUCAAGGCCAGCCGCCCACAACUGACCCCUGGUUUCACGACCAGGCCAUGUUUGCCGUCAUGGGCGGCUUUGCUAUUGAGACGCAUUACCUGGACUCUGCGACCGAAAAGCGCAUCAUUCGUCGCCUUCUGACACCUGAAGGGGUAUCCAUACUGGCCAAGACCGGUCAUCUGCCCGCUCUCAGUCGAGAAGAUGUUGCCGAACGGAGCAAGGCAGAUAUCUUCGCUAAAAGCAUAGUCGUUGGCCAGAUCGUUUGGUUCGCCUUACAGGUACUGGGGAGACUAUGUCAGGGCUUACCUGUGACGCCAUUAGAGACACAUACAGCUAUCCAUGUCGGAUGCACAAUAAUAGUCUAUGCAAUAUGGGUCAAUAAACCUUACAAUUUGUUGCAGUCUGUUGUGGUAGCCGGGCCAGAUAUGAAUUAUCUUGGCGCAUUCUUCAACUUCUCUGAUAUCAGUCGCGACAUUUUCCAGAAAGAGUGCGAACGGUAUGAGAUGGAGAGGAUAGAGUACUGGAAGGAGCGCGUUAUACAAGCAUCGCAAGGAGCUUUAACCUUUGGUGCACCCCCGAAACCCCCCGUGUUAAAACCCAUCGACCAACUGCUCGAUGACUACCAGUCGGAUGCCACCCGCAAUUGCACAAAGCGGUAUGACGACGAGGAAAUUCUAUGCGCCAUUGCAGAAGACGCUCGCCAGGGACUUCAUCUUUUAGAAAGUCAAGGAUGUAAUACGUUUCGAGGAAUCCAACCCAGUCAUCGAAAGCUUCUCCGCCACACCUCCGAGAAUUUCACUAUUCGGACGGUAUGGGGGGGCUGGAGUACUGACUUUGGCCACGAGCCAAACCUCGAGAAAGGGAUUCAUGUGCUCUUCAAUGUCUUGUACGGCGGGUGCCACCUAGCUGGGUGGGCUUCGGAUUUUCCAACAACAUUGGAGAGUUGGCUGUGGAGAGGGUCAGCUCUUUUUCUCACCACAGUUCCAGUUUGGGGUGGGCUAUGGGUUCUAUGGUGGAAAGGCACCGAAGUGAGCCGGUUCUGGUAA